AUGACAUACUCUGAAUGUAACAACUUUCUCGAACGGUACAUCCAAGAAAGUAUAAAGAAGUUAUACUACUGUGAGUCAAGUAAACCCUUAUUAUUUGGGUUAUCUGCUAUUUAUAAUGAUGAAGACUAUGCAUCUUUCAUUUUUGAUCCUUAUGGGACUAAUGGUAUAAUUUCCCUUUAUGUGGACCAUGAUUGUCAAGGAAUAGAGGACUUGUUUUUCUCUGAGAUAGAAGAAGAAAAAGAUGGAGAUGAUUCAUGCAUUGAUGGUGGUGAAAAUGAAGAUGAAAUUGAAAACCUUAGAGAUGUGGAGGUGGAGUUUAAUGAGGAUGAAGCCACUAUGAACAAAACAAAGGGUGAUGAUUAUUUGUUUGAAUUAUACGGUGAAGAGGAAAAAGGAAAUGAUAACAAAAUAGAUGACGAUGUUGAUGGGGGUGAAGAGGAGGCAAAUUUAACUCAACAACAUUUGAUUUUUAAUGAGUUAACUACAUGGAAAAAACAGUACCUACUACUUGGUAUAAGAUUCAAAGAUCCAGCUCAGUUAAAAUCUAUGUUAUGCAACUAUUUUGUUGCCAAUGGGUACCAAAUUUGCUUUGAGAAAAAUGAUAGUAAAAGAUUGUUGGUUAAGUGUUGCAAGGGUGCACAUUGA